AUGACACGACGGACCAGGAGACUAACCUUGCACCUGAUAUACAGCGAUGAUGUACCCCCACUUGCUAAUUCAACUUGGCAACAACUUCCAAAACCCCAGCACAAGUCAAAAAGGAGAUUGAAAGCAGCACCAAAGGGAAAUAUGAUGAUCGUGUCUGGUAAUAGACAAACAAAAGUGGUAGAUGCACCACCACCUAUAAUUAGCACUCCAGUUUUAGCAAGGAGUACGAUAGGACCAUGGGAAGAAAAAGAACAAGUAAAUGGCACUUUGGGGUUCUCAAUUUCUGGCCCCAUUACUACGAGACUACAAACGAGACUACCAACGAGACUACCAUCUAUUAGAUCCCUAUUGAAUAAAGUCAGUGGGGUCCAUAGUAUUACCACGGCUCAUGAUGUGUUUAACAUGUGUGGCUUUUAUAACAAACCAUUCCCUCUAAUUUCUGAUUGGAAAGGAAGCAUUGUGUCGAAUGACACGCUUACAGAUGCUUCCCCGCUUGGAAUCGAGCAAAGAAGGACAGCUCAGGUACAUGAUCACUUUGUUACAGAAAAGCCAAUGCAAAAAAUCACGAUUGGAUUCUUACUUAAUCAUGACACCCGAGAGGAUGAGUUCGAAAGUCCCAAUCCAGGUUAUAAUCCAGACUAUCCUGGCAACGAUCAGAGUGUGGAUGAUGAUGAUAAAAGUACCACCUACGACUUGUCAAAGGGCGAAACACACCACUGCAAUAAAACAGCCACACACAAAGGAGUAAAACAACCAACCAAAGCUGUUUAUGAUGCAAUGGACUUACUUCACUGUGAGAGACCAAUUUACAAGUUUUAA